CUGUGAGUGGCGUUGGCAGUUUUGAUUCCCUUCUCUUUUCCAGAUAAUAAGGAAGAUUCUUUUUCGCGUCCCAGUGGGAAAAUAAUCGAGUUAUCUGAUUUGAAAUUUCAAGAUGCAAAUCUUUGUCAAGUCUCUGCAAGGCAACACCGUCGCUUUGGACGUUACCGGCUCGUCCUCCGUCGCCGCCGUCAAGAACAUGAUCGCCGAGCGUGAAGGCAUUCCCGCCGAAGCUCAGCUUUUGUCGUUCGCCGGCAAGAACUUGGUCGAUGGUGAGCUUUCGGUCUACGGUGUCGAGAGCAACAACACUCUCCACUUGAACGCCGAGCUUUUGGGUGGUGGUAAGAAGAAGAAGAAGAAAACCUACACCACCCCCAAGAAGAUCAAGCACAAGCACAAGAAGGUCAAGCUCGCUAUCUUGAAGUUCUACAAGGUUGACGAGUCUGGCAAGAUCACCCGUCUCCGACGUGAGUGCCCCAACGCCACCUGUGGUGCUGGUGUCUUCAUGGCCUGGCACAAGGACCGCCAGUACUGUGGCAAGUGCCACUUGACCUAUGUCUUCAAGCAGGGUGAAUCUGCCUAAAGGCAAAGAUACACUGGCAUCUUUCUUGUAAAAAAAAGUUUUUUUAAUAAAUGAGCUUUUUUUUGUUCACCA